AAUUACAAUACAAAACAUGGCGUUUAAAGGUCAUACGCACACUUUUGUGAAACCAUUACGGGAUAAAGAAGUACUUGAAGGACACGAUGUUCAAUUUGAAUGUGAAGUUGCUAACAGUAAACUUGAAGGAAAAUGGUAUAAGGAUGGUAAUGAAUUCGAACUUCAUAAAUAUCCAGAUAUGAAUAUACAAAACUUUGGCAGAAAACGUAGGCUUCACAUUUAUGCUACAAGUCUACAGGACACGGGAGAAUAUAGUUGUGAAGUAAAUAACAGAAAAACCAAAGCGUUUUUGGAUGUGAAAGCGUUUUUUACUAAAACUCUCAGGAAUAAAAACUGUUUUGAAGGAGACACUGUAACUUUUGUAUGUGAGGUUACAGAAAGUGAUACAGUAGCACAAUGGAAAAAAGACGGUAUUAAUGUUCAAAACAACAGAUAUAAUAUAAAACAGACGGGAAAAACUCAUCAAUUGACAAUAUUGGAUGCUAAUCGCUGCGAUAAUGGUUGUUUUACUGUUGAAGUAAACGGUAGAAUAAGAGAAGCUUCACUAAAUGUUGAAGCAUGUUUUAUUAAAGAUUUGAAUAGCAUUUCCUGUACAGAAGGAGAGAAUGUCAUUUUUUUAUGUGAACUUCAUACCACAAAGGAACCUAUAGUGUGGUUUCAUGAUAGUAUGGAGAUCUCGAUAUCCGACAAGUACGAUGUGCGAUCUCAGAAAAGAAAAACCGUGCUGGAAAUAAAAAAUGUUAAUACUGAAGAUAGUGGAGAAAUUACCGUAAGAGUGAAAAAUUGCACUAGGAGGUGUUCUCUGAAUGUUCGUAAAUGCUUUCUGAGAAAAUUGGAAAGUAAAACUGUGAGAGAAGGAUAUAGCGCGCGAUUUCAUUGUGAGGUCAGUUGUCUAGAAGAUGUGGGAAUAUGGUACAAAGACGAUGAGAAAGUUAACAGUUCUAACAAGUUUGAAAUUAUUAAGUCAGGAAAGAUCAACAUUCUGGUUGUAAGUCACACAUCUCUAGAUGACAAUGGAGAGUAUUCUUUCAAUGUUCAUGAUAUAGCGACAAAAGCAUCGCUUUAUGUUGAAGGAUACUUUACGAAAAAUCCCAGGAAUAUCACUUGUGAGGAGGGAGAAAGUGUCAAUCUCACAUGUGAAACAAUAGAGAUUAGCAGUCCAGCUAAAUGGUACAAAGACGGUAUGAAUAUAGAUGUAAAUAGCGGAACAUUCUCCAAACAACAGAACAAAAACCAAUACCAGUUGACAAUACGAUCUGCUAAUAAGACGGACAGUGGAUGGUACUCAGUAAAUGUGAAUGAUAGAAUACGCAAGGCACGUGUAACCGUGAAUGAUAGAAUACGCAAGGCACGUGUAACCGUGAAAGAUUUCUUUACUAAACUUCUCAAAGAUAUUAAUUGUAACGAAGGUGAUAAUAUCAAGUUUAGCUGUAAAUCCAUAGAAUCGACUUCACCAGCAAAAUGGAGCAAAAAUAAAGAAGUAAUAAGUAAUAGUAGAUGCAUUUUAGAACACAUCAAUCAUACCCAUAGGCUUACAAUUAAGAAUGUAGAACCGAGCGACAGUGGACAUUACUGCAUUAUUGUGAAUGGGAGAACGAGUAACGCCAUUUUAAACGUGAAAGAUUAUUUUAAAGUGAGACUCAAUGAUAUUACAUGCAAAAAGGGAGACACAGUUCGAUUCGAAUGUGAAGCACUGGAAAACGGUAUGGUAGUGAAGUGGUAUAAGGAUAAUAAAAAAAUAAAUACUGAUAAAAAUGAUAAUUGUAUAGUAGAAGAAAAGGGACAAGUUCAUCAAUUGACUAUCAACAAUGUUGAUACAAUGGAUUAUGGACAAUACACCAUAAGUGUAAAUGGCAGGACCAGGACAGCAUUUCUAAAGGUUGAAGAUUAUUCAACAAUGAUAUUCAACUAUAUUACUUGUAAAGAAGGAGAAACAGCUCGAUUGAAAUGUAAGGCAACGGAAAAUGGUAUAGAAGUGAAGUGGUAUAAAGAUACCGAAGAAAUAAGUUUUGAUAGGUAUAUAGUAGAACAACAGGAACAAAGUUAUCAACUGACUAGAAGCAAUAUUGAUACAAUGGAUCAUGGACAUAACAUCAUAAUAGUAAAUGGCAGAAAAACCAGGACAGCACUUUUAAUGGUUAAAGGUUAUUCUGAACAUGAGGAACCAUUUUUUUAUAGUGGAGUAGAUGUCAAAUUUAAGGCGCAAAGUACAAAGAAAUUUGAUUUUAACUAACAUGUUUCUACACUCAAAUCUUUUACACUUACAAACAUUACAGGCGGUUCAUUUCAAGAAAGAGACACAUGUAUUCUCUUCAGCUGGAAACUACAUCGGUCUGCUCCUCCUGACGUGAUGAAACAAAUUAUAAUAGAGGAUAAAACCGUUCACCAGAAUCUUGAUAUACUAUUGUUUUCGGAAAACGAGGGUCAAUUCAGCUUAGAAGUUCUAUCAGAUGUCACCGAAUAUACGGCUUUUAAGAUAGCUACAAGUUUCCAAAAUUUUAGAAAUGAUUCUCAAGUAGGAAACCUUGAAGAUGUCCUGGAAUUUCUCAAAUCAGGAGAAAUUAAAACCGAUUUCAUUAAACCUAGUAAUACACAAAUCAAAAUGAAUUCCAAAGACAAAAACGAUAGUCAAACUGCUGAAUGCCCAAGGACAAAAUCAACGGUUAGUAUUAAUGAACCGUAUCGUUUAGGAAAACACAAGGAAUAUCAUAGAAAGUUACCAGACAAAAUAAUUGAAUGUGAGAACCAAGAAAAGUUCAGUAAAAAAAGAUGGGAAGAGUACAAUUGUGAUAAACAUAGUUUUCAACGAAAAGGUUGGGUUAAAAUGAAAAAUAGUAAAGUGAAACAAGUGAAUCGUCCUCCAAGAUGGAAAAUAAAUUUACGAACUCAGGAAUAUGAACUAGAAAAUUUAGUUGGUGAAUAUUGUGGGAUGGAUAUACCUUCUUUUAAAAGACCAAGCGUUCCAUGGCAGAGCGUGAACCCACAAUUGCCGAUAUCGUUCAAACUUCGAUUUUUAGACGAGGAGCAUUACCACACGAUGCGUGACCACCGUACAUCAUGUGACUUUAACACUUUACAACAGGAUGGUCACCCUACCAAACAAUGUGAUAGUUGUGAAAGUGAUUGUAGUUGUGCUAAAAAUAAUCAUGGAAAUCAUUGAACAUAAAUUCUACAGAUACAAAUGUCUGUAAUUGUGAUCAAAGCAAUCAAUGAUUCGGAACAGAAUACUUUGUUAUGAUAUUUUGGAUGUACACUGUGACUUGACAAUGGCUACAGUCCGUUUGAGUUCCAGAAAUCUGUGGGUCCAUUUUGCAAGUUGGUCCAAAUCGGGAUUCAAAAAUAAAUUUAUAAAAAUCAGAUUUAUUUGAUAUUGUUGGUUAUUUUGCAAUGUAUAUUCAUCUAUGAAGUAAACAACACACUAAUUCUUAAA